AGAGGCCGGGGCCCGGCGCCGCGCAGCCGGCGCAGGGAACUACAUUUCCCAGGGCGCCCCGAGCUGCCCCCUGGUGACUUCUUGGCGGGGCGCUUCGCGAGACCCAGCGUGCCUGCGGGCCGGAGGGCCAUCCUGAGGAGGGGAAGGAUGCCGCCGGCCGCGGGCGGAGGCUUGGCGGGAUCCGAACUGCGCCCUCGGAAGGGCCGAUGCGGGUCCCAGGCGGCUCGGGCCGCGGGCCGGGACGUGACCACGGAGGCGGCUACAGCGCGGAGCCCCAAACGGCCUGCUCCUCCGAGCUCGCGGCGCUUCGAGGCGGCCGGCCGGUGGGCCCUGCUGGCCCUGGUGACGCUGACGUCCUUCGCCACCCGCUUCCACCGUCUGGACCAGCCGCCACACAUCUGUUGGGAUGAGACUCACUUUGGAAAAAUGGGAAGUUACUAUAUCAACCGCACCUUCUUCUUUGAUGUGCACCCACCUCUGGGAAAGAUGCUGAUUGGUCUGGCUGGCUACCUGAGCGGGUACGAUGGCACCUUUUUGUUCCAGAAGCCUGGGGACAACUAUGAGCAUCACAGCUACAUGGGAAUGAGAGGAUUCUGUGCAUUCCUUGGCUCCAUGCUCGUCCCUUUGGCCUACCUCACUGUGUUGGAGCUGUCCCGGUCUCUCCCAGCAGCGCUGCUCACGGCCGCCUUCCUCACCUUUGACACAGGAUGCCUCACUCUGUCCCAGUACAUCCUCCUUGACCCCAUCUUGAUGUUCUUCAUCAUGGCUGCCAUGCUGAGCAUGGUCAAGUACAACUCCUGUGCCAACAGGCCCUUCUCUGCCCCCUGGUGGUUCUGGCUCAGCCUGACCGGCAUUAAUCUGGCUGGCGCUCUGGGGGUCAAGUUUGUUGGCCUCUUCAUCAUCCUGCAAGUGGGGUGGAACACCCUUUCAGACCUUUGGCACCUGUUUGGAGACCUCAGUCUUUCAAUGGUGACCUUGGGAAAACAUCUGACCGCUCGCAUCCUGUGCCUCAUAGUGCUGCCACUGGCUCUCUACAUCGCCACCUACGCUGUCCACUUCAUGGUGCUGAAUAAAAGCGGUCCCGGUGAUGGCUUUUUCAGUUCUGCCUUCCAGGCCCGGCUUUCAGGAAACAACCUUCACAACGCAUCCAUUCCAGAACACCUGGCCUACGGCUCCGUGAUCACCGUGAAGAACCUGCGGAUGGCCAUCGGCUACCUCCACUCACACAGACACUUCUACCCCGAGGGCGUCGGCGCCCGCCAGCAGCAGGUCACCACCUAUUUGCACAAGGACUACAACAACCUAUGGAUUAUCAAGAAGCAUAAUUCGAACUCAGAUCCCCUAGACCCUUCACUCCCAGUGGAGUUUGUGAGACACGGAGACAUCAUUCGACUAGAACACAAAGAGACUUCUCGGAACUUGCACAGUCACUAUCACGAGGCCCCCCUGACCCGGAAGCACUAUCAGGUCACUGGCUAUGGCAUAAAUGGGUCAGGGGACUCGAAUGACUUCUGGCGGAUUGAGGUUAUAAACAGAAAAUUUGGAAACCGAAUCAAAGUGCUGAGAAGUCGAAUUCGCCUCAUCCAUCUGGUCACAGGUUGUGUCCUGGGCUCUUCGGGAAAGGUCCUGCCCAAGUGGGGCUGGGAGCAGUUGGAAGUCACAUGCACACCAUACCUAAAGGAAACCCUCAGCUCCAUCUGGAAUGUGGAGGACCAUAUCAAUCCCAAAUUGCCGAACAUCAGCCUGGAAGUGCUGCAGCCCAGUUUCCCUGAGAUAAUGCUGGAGUCCCACAUGGUGAUGAUCCGGGGGAACAAUGGCCUCAAGCCCAAGGACAAUGAGUUCACUUCCAAACCCUGGCAUUGGCCUAUCAACUUUCAGGGCCUGCGCUUCUCAGGGGUCAAUGACACCGACUUCCGAGUGUAUCUGCUGGGCAACCCGGUGGUCUGGUGGCUGAACCUGCUGAGCCUCGCCCUCUACAUCCUCUCAGCGAGCGUCUUUGCUGUGGCUGUGCAGAGGGGCGCGCGUCUGCCUGCUGAGGUCGAAGGUCUGUCCCAGGUCCUGCUGCGAGGAGGCGGGCAGCUCCUACUCGGCUGGAUGAUGCAUUACUUCCCCUUCUUCCUGAUGGGCCGGGUUCUCUACUUCCACCACUACUUCCCCGCCAUGCUGUUCUCCAGCAUGCUGACAGGCCUUCUGUGGGACACCCUCCUGCGGCUCUGUGCCUGGAGCCUGGCCUCCUAUCCGCUGGCCGGGUGCGUGCACACGCUGGGCAUCCUGAGCCUGCUCCUGGGAACUGCCUACAGCUUCUACCUCUUCCACCCUCUGGCCUACGGGAUGGUAGGUCCCCUGGCCCAGGACCCCCGAAGUCCGAUGGCCGGGCUCAGGUGGCUGGAAUCGUGGGACUUUUGAGGCCUGAGGACUCCAGCCUGAGACCAGGACCUUCGUGGGGACGGCCAGCUGUGAAGCCAGUCCCCGGACCCUCCCAGCCGUGGAGGAAGCGGCCCAAGGAGCCUGUGGACCUCCACUGCCUGCUGGCGCCCCACCCUGGGAGCGCAAACUGCUGGGGAGCACUGUGGCCCUGCUCCUCCGCAGAGGCUCCUCCACUGGGUCUGCUCAGCCACAGACGACUUUCCUCUCAGGCCGGUCCCCCGUGAGCAGCGUGAGGAAGGAUGAGUGUGGGAGAGUGUGGGGGUGAGUGUGAGCGUGCGUGUGUCCGUGUGCCUGUGCAGUGUAGACCGUGACUAUGGACAGCGGAGCGUCAUAAACUCUAAGAAAUUGUCCAGGGCUACCGUAGUAUUUUCUGGUGUUUUUUUCUCACUGAAUUGGGUUGUAAGAUUCAUCAGAAAUCAGCCCUCCAGGAAGGCUGACUGCACCAACACCACCUUGGGGUAUCACCUCGGGUGGAGCCGGCAGGAUUAUCAAGGCUGUGCUGCCCUCCUUCCCACCAACAAGCAGAUCCCUAAGCUGAACACCCCAGGCUGCAGGGCCCGCCUCCCUGCACGCCCCUGCAUGGUUGCCGCUGGGAGUCUCCCCUGUGGCCACAGGCGGCUGGACCCCUGCCCGCAGUGUGUGCUCAGGGGCCCGGGCCCCAGCGCGAGGCAGCCCUGCUGGCCCUCCUCAGCCCUCAGCUCCUCGUCAUCUGGGAAUGCCGGACAUGUGGUUGGUGGGCACACGUGGUGGUGGUGUGUCCUCAGGGCCUGGGAGCCAGGGGCGACUAGUGGCUGCCGCUCCCCUUCCUUCCGCAUCCAGGCUGGCUGUGAGGUUGGGACCCACACUCUCCCGGGGGCAGGGAGAGCCCGCCAGCCCCUCUCCUAGCACCCAGGGCAAUUGUGCAGCAGACCAGGGCCCUGUGUGGGGUUGGGCUGGGCUCCUGGUGGGGUCUGGGGCUGGUUGCUCUGGCCUUUCUGGACUAGCGUUCCUGUCACUCACUAAGCUUUCCCCAUGCUUCCUUCUCUGGUCCCCAGUGCUGACGCCCUCCUUUCACUGUGUUUCACUCCCCUUCCUCUGGGUCACUGUUUCACCAGUCUCCAUUUCCCCAAGGCCCCAGAGCACCUAGGCAUGUAUCAGAAGUUCUCUUUACCACCUCUAAGCCCAAGCAAGCAGCUCAGAGCUGUUCCUUUUACUGCCUCCCCAGAUGAAAGAGAGAUAGAAAACCCUUGGGCCAGAACUGAACUAACCCAAGGCCAAUCCCUAAGCCCUCCUCCGUCCUCCUGGUGCAUGACAAAAUAUUUAUUUUGUCUCAGAGGACUGUAACGCUUCAAGGUUUAAUGAUGAGCCUCUGCCACUCUCCACCUUCCCUCCUCUAUAGCCCCCACCAGCUCUGCCAAGGUCAGAGCUCUUUCGAGCAUCUCUGCUCAGUGGUUGCCACGGAGACUGGAAAUUGGUCCCAAGGACAGGCAGUGCUACCCACUGGGUGGUGGGGAGGGAAGCUUCUGGCCAUGUUCGGACAUCCAGACCGACCAUCAUUAAUGUUAAUAGAGGAAAUGCAGUCACAUCAAGAGCAAGGCAGGUUUGUUAAUUAGAUCUGGGGCCCCAUGACCUCCCUUCCCCAGGGCUGCAGCCCUUUUGACUUCCCCCAGCAGGAAGCGCUGCUGCCGGGUGCUGAGUCUGGGCUGCUUGCUUAAUUGCGUUUCUGGAAGGGAGGGAGAGCAGGGAUGGGGAACCUCUGCUCUCCGAUGCCUGCCAGCCCCCUUCUUCUCUCCCCCAGGCCAGGUUGCUUUCUUCUGAGCUGGCGUGGUGGUGGUGGGGGGGCAGCCCUCUGGGUGGGCUCUCCUGGAGGUGGAAUGCGGGAGACCCUGGGCUUGACUGUUUCAAAAAACAGUGGCCCCAGGCUGACAACCGGGAGGUGGUGGCUGUUUCUCCCAGCGCCUUCUUACUUCCUAAUAGGAGCUCAUUGGAAGGGAGGUGCCCUGAAGGAGUCAGAGGGGCAGCCACUCUGGUGAGGGCGAGGAGGGCGAGUGCUCAGGCGGCCUCCUGCCUGGCCGCCCUCCUAAUCUGGUCACCCCAGGGAUAAGAGCUUCCUUGGUCUCUUCCACUGCUCUCCAGAGAUGGGAGAAGAGCUGUCUGCCCACCUCACCCCCUCCUUUGCCCAGGCUGGCGCACGCUUCUGUGGCUGCAUGGGCCGACACAGCUCCAAGUUGUGUUGUUGGAAGAUGCUGGGGAGAGGGGCUGUUGGAGCCAUGCUCUGCACACGGGCUCCAGCCCCCGGGAGAAUGUGACACGUCCUGCAGACGUGCUGGCGGAGGAAGGAGACAUUUGCCAGCUCAACCUCCAGCCAACUUCUUAAACCACAUUUUAUAUUAAAAAAAAUGUUUUUUCCACAGAUAAUCAGAGGCCAUUUACUUUUGUAAUAAAUAGCUCUUAUUUUGAAUGCCA